AUGGUGAUCAAAGAAGAGGAGGAAAAGGAAGCUGAAAACAAUGACGAUCAUCAAGUUGAGGAUAAUGAUGAGCAUCAGACUGCCUCCUCAAAUGAUCCUGAGUUUGGAGUAAAUCUGGAUGGUGAAAAUUUUUUUUUGAGUAACCACCUCGUUUUCAUUAAGGCACAACGUGAUAAUGACUGUGAGAAUGCCAAUAAUGGAUUUAAAGAUGAUGACAUUGAAAAUGCAGAUAAUUUUGAUGAUUAUAAGGAGAAAGUUGAGGAGGAUGAUCAAAAUAAGACUAAGGUUUCUAAUGGUUCAGAACGAAAGGAACAUGAUGCUGGUUCUGAGGGGUAUGAUGAUGCUAGUUCAGAUGCUGGUUUAGAGGAGGAGGGGCAAGAUGUUGCUGGGGAAGAUAAUGGAGAGGAUUCCGAUGAGAAUAAAACGAACGAGGAUGACCAUGGUACGGUGAUCAAAGAGAAGGAAGAAAAUGAAGGUGAAGACAAUGAUGAUAGUCAAGUUGAGGAUAAUGUUGAGCAUCAAACUAUUUUCUCAAAUGAUUCUGGUGAAAUCACACAAUGCGAUGAUGACUUUAAGAAUGCCAAUGAUGGCUUUAAGGAUGAUGACAGUGAAAAUGCAAAUAACUUCGAUGAUUAUGAGGAGAAAGGGCAAAAUGAUGCUGGUUUAGAGGAUGAGGGGCAAGAUGUUGCUGGUUCGAAGAAGGAGGAGCAAGAUGAUGCUGGUUCAGACGGAGAUGAUGAUGGAGAGGAUUCCGGUGAAGAUGGGGCUAAUGAUGAUGACCAUGGUAUGGUGAUCAAAGAAGGGGACGAGAAGGAAGCUGAAGACAAUGAUGAUCAUCAAGUUCAGGAUAAUGAUGAGGAUAAAGCUGCCUCUUCAGAUGAUUCUGUUUUCAUUAAGACCCAACGCGAUGAUAACUGUGAGAAUGCCAAUGAUGGCUUUAAGGAUGAUGACAUUGAAAAUGCAGAUGGUUUCGAUGAUUAUGAGGUGAAAGUUGGGGAGGAUGAUCAAAGUAAGAUUUUUAAAAAUUUAGUUGAUCAUGAAGAGGAAGAUGAUGCUGGUUUUGAGUAUGAAGAUAAUAACAAAAAUUUUGAAGGAGACGAUGACAAGACUAUGAUUUCUAAUGGUUCAAAACAAAAGGAACUUGAUGCUGGUUCUGAGGAGCAAGAUGAUGCUAAUUCAAAUGCUAGUUCAGAGCAGGAGGGGCAAGAUGUUGCUGGUUCGGAGAAGGAGGAACAAGAUGUUGCUGGUUCAACGGAUUCCGGUGAGGAUGAAACUAAUGAGAAUGAUCAUGGUAUGGUGAUCAAUGAAAGGGAGGAGAAGAAAAUUGAAGAUAAUGAUGAUCAUCAAACUGAAGAUAAUGAUGAGGAUCAGACUGCCUCCUCAGAUGAUUCUGAUUGUGAAAAAGCUUUUUUGAAUAAGCCCAUUGCUUCCAUUAAGGCGCAACGAGAUGAUAACUGUGAGAAUGUCAAUGAUGACUUUAAAGAUGAUGACAUUGAAAAUGUAGAUGAUUUCGAUGGUUAUGGGGAGAAAGUUGGGAAGAAUGAUCAAAAUAAAAUUAUUAAAAUUUUAGUUGAUCAUGAUGCUGAUUUUGAUUAA